AUCAGUUCUCACGUUCCCACGCCCUUUGCUACUCUACGUCUCCGCAUUUCCGCGUCUCUGCGAAGAUGAGGGUGCCUGAAGGUCGUACGAAGGUCGUACGAAGUUGCGAACCCCGCUUCUUCGUAUAUCUUGCAGAUGACGGCAAUUGUGAGAGUUUUAGACUACCACCCAAAGAUCUCAUUGACACGAGACCAUGACGGGCGCAACGAAGCAAGUAGCUCUCGUCGUGGGAGCAUCACGGGGCAUUGGACGACAAGUUGCCAUUGACCUUGCAAAGAACGGCUAUGCGGUCGUCGUCUCCGCAAAGAGCACCUCCGACGCCUCCGCCGUCCAUCCCUUCCCCCCAGACCCCAACUCCCCUCAAUCGACCAUCAGCACCGUCGCCCGCGAAAUCCUCGAAGCCGGCGGCACCGCCACGGCCAUCCCCGUCGACACGCGCGACCCAGAUAGCAUCCAGCGCCUCAUUGACCAAACCGUGUCCACCUACGGCCGGCUGGACGUCAUCGUCUACAACUCCGGCGCAAUAUGGUGGGCCUCUGUGGAAAACACGCCCCUCAAGCGCUUCCAGCUCAUGCAGCGCGUCAACAUCGAGGGCUUGUAUGCCACCAUCCAAGCCGCGCUGCCGCAGUUCGCUCGGCAGGAUUGGAAGGGCAGGAUCAUCGUCGUGAGUCCGCCCAUCUAUAGCCGCUUCUUCCGCGGCAAGACGGCGUACGCAAUGGGCAAGGUCGGCAUGAGCGUGCUGACGAAGGGGUUGGCGAUGGAUUGGGUGCGCGAGGGGAAAACGGGUAUGGCCAUCUCGAGUGUCUGGCCGGCCGUAGCGAUUCAGUCGGCUGCGACGGAGCGGCUGGGUAAGGAGGAUUUGAAGGAUCUGAGGAAGGCGACAAUCUUCUCGGAUGCGAUAUUGGCCAUGUUGAAGGCUCCCGUGGAGAUGGUGAAUGGGGAGUUGGAGGUAGAUGAGGAUUUUCUGAGGAAGGUGGGUGUGAAGGAUUUUGGAAAGUAUAGCGUUGUGCCUGAGGCGAGGCCGAGGAGGAUUAUGCCGGUUGAGUUUCCGGAUUUGAGGGUUGCUGAGCAGGAGGAUGAGGGGAACAGGGUGGAUAGUACGAAGUUGAGGGCGAAGUUGUGAGAUGAGUAGGAUCAAGUGUAGCAAUGCCGGGAGGGCGCAGGAGUGCUGUUGAAUAGACUCUGUGUCGCAAUAUGGAUCCGUGAAUAGACGCUGUAGUUUCCAAGUUCCGCUUUAGAUCCAGGUAUACGACGUAGCUACAGCCUGGACUAUGGUAGAAAAUG